CGGACUCAGACAGCUGCUCUGAUUGGACCGGAUCCUUCUCCAGGACAAGUCGCUCCUCCCACUCAGAGGACAGGUCAAAGAUGGCGUCGUUGGGGUGUUUUCUUCGCUCCGGGAAGAAUGCCGUCUCGGUGGUGCUACGAAGGGAGUUCAGCAAGACACCUCCGGCUGCUGUGCAGGUGAAUGUCCGAGAUGCCCUCAACCAGGCCAUGGACGAGGAACUGGAGAGGGAUGAGAGAGUCUUCCUUCUGGGGGAGGAGGUGGCUCAGUAUGAUGGAGCCUACAAGGUCAGCAGAGGGUUGUGGAAGAAAUAUGGAGACAAACGCAUCAUCGACACGCCAAUCACAGAGAUGGGAUUUGCUGGCAUUGCUGUCGGUGCUGCAUUCGCCGGGCUGAGGCCAAUCUGUGAGUUCAUGACCUGGAAUUUCUCUAUGCAAGCCAUCGACCAGGUGAUCAACUCCGCUGCUAAGACCUACUACAUGUCAGCCGGAGCCCAGCCUGUCCCCAUUGUGUUCCGCGGCCCCAACGGCUCCUCCGCAGGCGUGGCAGCCCAACACUCCCAGUGCUUCGCUGCCUGGUACGGCCACUGCCCCGGUCUCAAAGUAGUCAGCCCCUGGAACUCUGAGGACGCCAGAGGGCUCCUCAAAGCAGCUAUCAGGGACGACAACCCUGUGGUGUUCCUGGAGAAUGAGCUGAUGUACGGUGUGCCCUUCGACCUGUCUGAGGACGUUAUGCAGAAAGACUUUGUCAUACCUAUUGGAAAGGCCAAGGUGGAAAGACGAGGAACCCAUAUCACUCUAGUGUCACAUUCCCGGUGUGUGGGUUUCUGUCUGGAUGCAGCGAGUGUCCUGGCUAAGGAGGGGGUUGAAUGUGAGGUGGUUAACCUGCGCACCAUACGGCCCCUGGAUGUGGACACCAUUGAGGCCAGUGUGAUGAAAACCGGCCAUCUGGUCACAGUGGAGGGGGGCUGGCCCCAGUACGGAGUGGGGGCUGAGAUCUGUGCCAGAGUCAUGGAGGGCCCAGCCUUCAACUACCUGGAUGCCCCUGCAGUCCGCGUGACCGGUGUCGACAUCCCUAUGCCCUACGCUAAGAUCCUGGAGGACCACAGUGUACCUCAGAUCAAAGACAUCAUCUUCUCAGUCAAGAAGGUCUUGAAUAUGUAAACAUACCGAAUGUCUCCCUCCGACCCCUCCGUUACUUGCAGACCAACCUUAUUUACCUUCUCAGUAUAUACUUAUACAAUAGUAAGUACUGCACUGCACUGUACUCCCCCCCCCCCAAUGUCAAUUUACCAGUAAAUAUACGCACAUCACUACGGGAACAUAGUUCUUAUUCACAUCACGUGGCUACGGGAACAUUGUCCUUAUUCAGAUACAUUAAUACCUACAAUUACUUGCUCUUCUGUUUCCUGAUUGGAUGGGGGACAAAUAAGAUGGUGAUGUCAAGUAAACCAAGUCAUCUAGUAGGGAUCUGUCAUUGAUCCAUUGGUGAAAAGAAACUCUCUCUAAGAAGAAUACAUUGUGGAUUGUAAGGAAGUGUAUUUCUUAUUGUAACAUCAGACUAUUUUAUUGCUAUAAAUUGCUCUGUUACAGAAAUAAAACUCCCAUUUUAUCAGUCUUGAAA